AUGGGAUGUGAAGCAUGUAGAUUUAAGACCAAGGAAGUCCUCAGUUCUAUCAUCGGAGUGUACAAUGUGGACAUGGACGGCCAAAACGGGCUAGUUAGGGUUUACGGAGAGGUAGACCCAAACAUGCUUCUACACGCACUAGCAAGAUAUGGAAAACAUGCAGAAGUUGUUAGGGUUAAUUUCAAGCAUCCAGAAUGGACCCGGACCAAUGAUUUUCAUGGCGGCCAUGGCUCAUGUAAUGCUUCUGAUUUAGGAUACAGUUUUCCAAGAAGCCUGGCAGCUGACAACUAUUAUUCGCCAGUUUUCAGUCCAGAUUAUCCCAUCCGCGGCAGUGGCUUAAGCUGCGGAUUGCCUCCACGGCACCGCCGUUUCGCUGCCAGCCACCACCACCACCGCGUGCCACCUCAUUAUUUGCGGCGAGACUAUGGUUUAUGUGGUCGUGGUGGUUAUUACCGUAACUCUUCCUGUACUUGCCCCGUGAUGUGA